AUGCAGAAGCCCUUCCCGGAGCUCAUCAGUGAGCUGGGGGAGACGGGGCGGGGGCAAAGCCGGCAGACCUGCCCGCAACCCCACUACAAAAACCCAAGGCACGGCGUGUUUCUAAAUGCCCGGCUUUGCCCUUACCGGCCACGGUCGAGGGCUUUGCCCUCCGGCUGUCCGCAGCUCCGCACAGCGGGAACUUCUGCAGCCGGGGCGGAGCGGGCAGCCCGCAGCGCCCGCCACCGCUGCCGCGAGCGCCUCUACCAGGCGCUGGAGCUCUCCCCCGGCCGCAGGAUCAACUGCUCGGGGGUCGUCCGCGGGGAUGAGAAAGCCAUCCAGGAGGCCCAGCUCAGCAACCUGGAGGUUGCGAACAGAAAGGUUGCCCUGACGCCUAGCGAGUACCUGAACGUGACGAAGGACUGCAGCAGCUUCAAGGAGAGCCGGCGGUUCAUUGAGUUCCCACUGAGCCAGGAGGAGGCAGAGUUCCCCAUCGCCUACUCCAUGGUCAUCCACGACAAAAUCGAGAUGUUUGAGCGGCUCCUGCGGUCCCUCUACGCCCCCCAGAACGUCUACUGCAUCCACAUUGACAGCAACUCCCCGGCUGACUUCCAGGAGGCUGUGCGGGCCAUCGUAGCCUGCUUCCCCAAUGUCUUUGUGGCUAGCCGCCUGGAAAAGGUGGUCUAUGCCUCCUGGUCCCGGCUGCAGGCCGACCUCAACUGCAUGCAGGACCUGUUGCAGAGCCCCAUACCGUGGCACUACAUCCUCAACACCUGUGGCACCGAUUUCCCCAUCAAGACCAAUGCCCAGAUUGUCCGUGCCCUGAAGAUGCUGCAGGGGCGGAACAGCAUGGAGUCAGAGAAGCCCUCGGCCUUGAAGCGGGAGCGCUGGCAGUACCACCACGAAGUGGGGAAGUUCAUCUCCCGGACAACCAGAGAGAAACUGCCACCACCCCACAACUCCCCCAUGUUCACAGGCAACGCGUACAUCGUGGUCACGCGGGCCUUCGUGCAGCACAUCUUCAAGAACCCCACGGCGCAGCAGUUCCUCGAGUGGGCCAAAGACACCUACAGCCCUGACGAGCACGUCUGGGCCACCCUCAACCGCAUGCCCGGUGUGCCGGGCGCCGUGCCCCAGAAUGACAAGUUCCAGCUCUCGGACAUGAACGCCCUGCCCCGCCUGGUCAAGUGGCAGUACCUGGAGGGCGACACCAGCAAGGGCGCGCCCUACCCGCCCUGCACCGGCCGGCACCAGCGCACCGUCUGCAUCUACGGGGUGGGCGAUUUGCCCUGGAUGCUCCAGCAGCACCACCUCUUGGCCAACAAGUUCGACCCCCUGGUGGACGAUGCCGCCAUCCAGUGCCUCGAGGAGCACCUGCGCCACAGGGCCCUCUACGGCAGGGGACUCUGA